UUUGCUGCAUGUGAUUCCAACCUAACCUAAGUUACUUUCUUAUCUGAGCUAAGUUCGGUCAUUUUAUGGCGUUUGUAAUCUUGUUAAAUUAUUAACUGAAUUUUAGAUAUAAAAGAACUUCCGUAAAAGAAUAGGUUGAAAAUUUUCAAUAAAAUGUUUGUAUAAACUAUUUCUGUUAUAAUAUUUAGUUAUCCUUAUUAAAACACUGUUUAUAGUAAUUUAAUCAUUUACAUACUUAGUUGUUAUAAAACAUGAAUAAUGAUAAUAAAAACGAUUCUGAGAGUAACCCUGUAAAAACUGGAGUUGACUGGGAAUAUAGCGAUUUGUAUCCUGAAAGAAGAGGAAACAAACAUGAAAAGUCCUGGUUUAGAACAAUGCUUGGUCUUGAUGGCAAAGAAGAUUUAGAUAAAAUAAAAUGUGAAAGAAAUGUAUAUUGGUGUCUAAGAAAUAGUCCAUUGGUUAAAAUAAUGUUGGGAGCUUUGAAAUCCUCUGGUUGUGAAUUUGACUUUCGGAGACAUAUAUCAUGUGAAGUAUGUGAUAGUAAAGUUAGUGGUGGAUAUGAUCCAGUACUUAAUCAGGUAGUUAUAUGCCAAAAUGUUGCUAAAAGAAAAGGCUACGUACAAUCAGUUUUAACACACGAAUUGAUUCACAUGUUUGAUUACUGCAAGAAUGAUUUGGAUUUUAAAAAUAUAUAUCAUUUAGCUUGUACUGAAGUACGAGCAGCUAAUCUUGCACACUGUAGCUUUUUGAGUGCAUGGACUUAUGGAACCGCUUCCCCAAGAAAUAUAAAGGAACGUCACAAGGAAUGUGUACGACAAAAGGCUCUUACAUCAGUAUUAGCCUUAAAAAAUGUAACUAAAGAUGAAGCUUUAGAAGCUAUUAACAAAGUAUUUCCAAAAUGUUAUGAUGAUUUAGAACCUAUUGGAAGGCGCUGUCGAAGAAACUCCCCAGAAUUUAAUUUGGCAUUAACUGAAGCACCUCUUUAUGGUUAUGAAUAUAGAAUAUGAAUUAUAAAUGUCAAUACUGUACAUAUAUCUGUAUAUUUUAAUAAGAUAAAAUAGUAGAUAAAAGUGGUGUAAAAAAAUUGAAAUAAAAUAUUAACUAAA